AUAAUGUAUUUAAAUUUAUUUGAUUUUUAAGGGCAGUGAUAGGUAGUAGAUUCAAAAAUCAGAAUUUGUUAACAAAAUUCAAGGAGAUACAAGGAUGGUAUCUGAUAAUUAUCAGAAAUAUUAUAGUACUUCUCCUUAAAUAGAAUUGUAAAAAAAUAGUAAUUGUAAAAAUAAAACGGUAGUAAGAAAAUCAAGCUAUAAAUUUUCAAGUAAAUCAAGCUACCAAAUAAAAUUUUUUAAUAAAUGAAGGUUAUAGCUCUACAUAAGUAUAUAACUUUAUAACAAGACUAUAUAUGUUUAAAAUAUACACAUUUCUUUAAAAAAUAGGAUAAGACUUCUUCUUAGAAACUAAAUUACAAACAAUUAUAAAGAAAACAAUUUCACAAUUGGGAGGCUAUAUGAAACUGCCCUAGUACAAGUCAUCGUGAUCUUAAAAAAAGUUAAGGUCUAUAAUAUAUAGCCUAAUUAUUUUUAUGACUCAUUCGCCUAAGGCCUCCGGCCACUCCAAUCAAAAUGUUUGCUGGUUUCGGGUGGGUAUUCAAUAGAUUCACUAUCAUCCGAAAGCUAAUCACCAGCUGAUAGUUGGCCAUUCAAGAGUGGGUCUAAGACCUAAGGAGAUUCUUAUCGAGACACCACUGGGACGCACGACUGAAAGCCAAACGAUGUGUUUACCGACGACAUAUCUACAAUAUGGAAUCGAUGGAGACGAUGGCUAUGUUAUAGCCGAGUCACUGGCAAGUGCAAAGGUCUGAUAAUCAAACUAAACACCCAAUCGCCCGACUGAUAAGUAUAAAAGACCAGGGUGUUGGCCAGUUAGCCACCAGUUGGUAAUACAAAUCGUAACUGAAAAGUCGCAAUCGCAAUGGGAAAGCUUACGCUCUAUGGAAUUGAUGGUAGUCCCCCGGUUCGGUCCGUCAUCCUCACCAUGAGGGCCUUGGGUCUGGAUUUUGAGUACAAGGUGGUCAACCUACUGACCGGAGAGCACCUCCAGCCGGAAUUCCUCAAACUGAAUCCCCUGCACACCGUUCCCGUUCUCGACGACGAUGGAUUCAUUCUCUGCGACAGCCAUGCCAUAAACUCCUACCUCGUCAGCAAGUUCAGCAGGGAUGACUCACUGUAUCCGCGUGACCUCCAGAAGAGGGCACUUGUCGACCAGCGUUUGUUCUACGAAUCCGGCACAGUGGCGCCCGCUGGUGUGGCCAUCACGCAUCAGGUCUUUUGGCAAAACAACCCGGAGAUUCCCAAGGCCAAGAUCGAUAACUUGGCCGAGGUGUACAAGAACCUGAAUUUGUUCCUCAAGAGCAGCGAUUUUCUGGCCGGUGACAACCUGACCAUAGUGGAUUUCCAUGUCCUGGCUGUGCUUUCCGGCAUGGUCCACUUCCUGGAGAUCGAAUCCUCGAAAUACCUCCGACUGGCUGGCUGGAUGCAAAGGAUGAAGCGACUGCCCUACUACGAGGAGGCCAAUGGAGCCAGACUGGCGCAGAUUAUCCAACUCAUCCAGAGCAAGGACUUCAAGAUUGUCUAGGAUGUGGUUGCAAGUUCCAAAAAAGGAUUGAUUUUCAAAAGAAAAUUCAUAAGAUUACCUUGUGUUUGGGGGAAAUUAUGAAGGACUGGAAAUUAGACCAGUUGAGUUCAAUUGAAAGGGUUUCUUAGCCCUAAAAUAUGAGGGUUUUCAUCCCAAGGAUCCAAAGAAACUAAUAUAAGAAAUAAAAGAAAACGUUAUUAAAAA